AUGAGUCUAUCAGCAGAGGUUAUAUUUCCCGUGGGACUGUCCGGUGACGACGACCCCUGCAUCUUCCGAUACGACAUCGGCCCUACGGCUUCAAAGGUAGCGAAGAAAAGAGGGAGACCGAAAGGAAACAUCAAGCGCUCAGUCCCACAACGGAAUCCAAAACUACCUGCUUUCGAGUUCAUUCAUAUUGACGGCCAUUCCGGCAUUCCAGAUGCCGACUCACGUAAGAUGAUCCGGAGACGAGUAAUGAUUAAUCAUAUUGUUCAUCGUGAGAAAAAUAAUGAAGAGCAAUCUUUGGGCUCUAGGCUCUCUCCCCAGAUUGCUGGCGUUGACCCUUUCAGCACGUUGCCGAUUGCGUUCGAGCCAUAUGCACAUGAUCUUCUAAAAUACUGUGGGUUCCCAGAGUAUGUAACGAGGAGAAAUUUACUUACAAUCAUAGAUAUUACCACCGGAUGGCAGAAAUACUACUCCAUAGAGAAACGAACUGCCCUCAACCCAAUAACGGAGUACUGGAUAUCUCUAGUCAUGGUUGAUGAUGCAUUUUUGCAUACAAUUAUCGGGUGUGCCGACCUGCACUUUUCUCCGGGCAAAGCGCCUCAAGCGUCCCUCACGACCAUAAAGCAUUUAAAUGCUGCAAUCUCAAUUGUGAAUAAACGCAUUGAGAAUAAUGAGAUCCCCACUGACGCAACUUUGGUCAUCGUUGCCACAAUGGCUCUCAUGGAAGUUAGUACUCUCCUUAGCUAA